GGAGCGGGGGCGCGCAUCCUGGCGUCAGACGCGAAGCUCCUGAGGAACUGGAAACCUCUAGGAAAGUUGCGACUACUCCACAGUAAAAACUAACAGAUCGCAAACGUUAAAUUCAAAUAAGAAUUAAAAUGAAAUGCUGAAGAUUUGUUUUCACACCAGCAAACGAGGAAUGUUUGCAUCCUUCAAAGUCAAUUGCAGAUGCUGAAGAAGUCGUAAUCUAUGAAUAAAAAUGUCACAGGCUGAGGCAGUUGACAGUGUUACUGCUGAACUGAGCAGUCAGCUGUCCCUCUCCCACACUGAGCAUGUGGCAAGUAUAAAAGAUGAAGGCCACCAUAAUGAAGCCUUAGAUGCAGAAAAUGUGCCCUCUGACCUGGGACAAAAAGAAAGUUCUUCUGUGGAGGGCAUUGAUCUUCAAUCUGAGGAUGUAAUUUUCCCAAAGCAUGGCAUCAGGGAGGAACUGGAUGAAGGAGCACUGCCUCCAAGCUCAGGACUGCCAAAGAAUCAAGAGACAGAAUGUAGUGAAUUACUGAACCUUGAGGUCAAACUGUCCGAAUUAGAUACAGGAGAAAACAGAGAGAAUGAACAGAUACAAACUACUUUAACCUCAGGAAAAGGUUGGGGAUCCUGGGGAAAGUCUAUUUUGACAACAGCAACAUCCACCAUAGGGCAUGGAAUAACUGCUGUAAAAGAGAAAGCGGGGGCUACCCUCAGAAAACAGAACAUCUCUUCUUUAGCAGAGGAAAGUAAAGAGCAUGAAAUAAAUCAGACUGUAGAAUCAGAUGACUCUGGAGAUCAUAUGCCAAAAGAGCUUCCUGCCUCUUCCCCUUCAGCAGGAUCUCAUGGAAUGUUUUCAGCAAUUACAAGUGCGGGUAAGUCGGUGAUCUCUAGUGGUCUUGGCGCACUGGAGUUUAUUGGUAAGAAAACAAUGACUGUUCUGGCUGAGAAUGACCCUGGCUUCAAAAAGACUAAAAUACUUAUGGAAAAAACUGCAACAUUAUCACAGAUGUUAAGGGAGGCAAAAGAAAAGGAAAAGGAGAGGAUUGCCAAUCAAGUUGUAAUGGAGAAAACAGCUCAUUAUGGAAUACUGUUUGAUGAAUAUCAGGGUCUUUCCCAUCUGGAGGCAUUGGAGAUUCUGUCUAAUGAGAGUGAACUGAAGGUUCAGUCAUUUCUCAUGUCUUUGGAAGGAGAAAUAUUAGAAGUUAUGAAAAGAGACUUGGUUGCAAUUAAGGAGAUUUUCCUGGUUAAGGAUUCUGAGAAAAGUGAAGAUGAAGAGAAGGAGCAAAAAGAGACUGGGUGUGAUGGAGAGGAGUUUGUAAGUGUACUAACUGAACUGCUAUUUGAACUACAUGUUGCUGCUACUCCAGACAAAUUAAAUAAGGCUAGAAAAAGAGCUCAUGAUUGGGUAAAAGACGUUUAUUCUUUAAGAAGUGAAUAUAAUGAAAAGCAAGUUGAGGAGAACAAUGAUCCUGUGUUUGAAGGACAGAAAAAUGGGAAAGUUGGUCAGAAUAAUGCAAAAUCAGUGGAGGAUAUCUAUUUAUCAUCAAUUGAAAGUUUAGCUGAAGUAACAGCUCGCAGCAUUGAGCAGCUACAUAAAGUUGCAGAAUUGAUUCUUCAUGGACAAGACAUAGAGAAGCCUGCUCUUGAUCAAGCCCAACUCCUUAACACGUUGACAGAAGCUAUGUGCAAAGAAGUUUCAUCCCUCAGAAAGAAGUUUAUAGAUGCUUUGACUUCAUCUGGGAGCAAAGAGAAGGCAGAGGUAUUAAAUCCAUGGAUUAAUGGAGUCAUGCUGGAGGGCUCAAACAGCAUCACAUAUAUACAGGAUGCCUUCCAGUUACUACUUCCAGUGUUGCAGAUUUCACAUAUACAGAUCACUAGUUUGCGGACAGACAGUGCACUUUAGCCUGUUGAGUACAGUGGAGGAAAUUGAGAUUGAGAUGUUUGGCAGUAAUGUCAUUGCAUCUGUUUGAAAUACUGACAGAGGAAUUAUGCUGACAUUCAUUAAUGUAUAUUGUUUAGCAAUUGUAUAGUAAUUCUGCAAAUUUCAAGGGCAUAUUUAGCUUAUAUUGCUCUUUGAGCAUGCCAUAGUUCUACAGAUAGUUCAGAUUAUUAUUUUCAAUAUUGGAUAAGAACAUUGCAUUCAGAAUUAUAGGACAUAAUAGCAGUUUUAUAUAAAGAAUAUAAACAUAUAGUAUGUACACACAGAAAUAUUUGCACCGUGAGAAACAGUCAUGUCAAGGAAAGUAUCAGUUUGGUUAAACAGCUGCGUUUUGUUGUCUACAGCAUUACGGCCAACAAGGGGUUACUACUGUAUGUGUUUGAACAGUCUCGCUUUGAUGGAUGGAAGUACAGUAACUUAUUAUCUUUCACUUUCAUAAUGAACUGCUAUCUCAGUAUUGCAAUCAACUGAAUUUAGGAUAUUGCUUUACAGUGAAGCACACUUUGAUGUUAAACAUAUACAAUCUGAUGACUUAAAGCCAGAAUUACACAUUGAGUAUAAUGUUAUAAUUAAAUUAUUUGUCUUUGUAAAAAUGUGAUGGAGAAGAUAUUUAAUGAUCUGUCCUAUAUGACUUUGUCAGUAUUAUUUUUCCAUUUUGGUCAUGUGUGUAAAACUCACAGUUUUCAUUAAUAUAUCUGUUGAACAUAAAUUAAUAAGAAGAUCACUGGAUAUAUACAUGCAGCAUCUUAGCAUGGCUGCUUUUCAAGAAACAGCAGACAUUGUUUAAAAAAAAAAUAUAUAUAUAACAUGGUAACAAAAAUAAAAACAUACAAUGGUAAGGUGUUAGCGCAAUUGUUCUUCUGCAGUGUGUUAUUCUGGGAUAUAUUAUAGAGUAUGUAUGUAUUUAUUCCAUUUCAUUUUUGAUGAAUUGAAAAUAGUUAAGUAUAGUGUUCUCUAGAUACAUUAUAAAAAAUGUUUGGUUUAAUUAAAAUAUGUUCUACUUUAACUUGUUACUACAACUAGAUUAAUAGCAUAAAGCUUUUCAUCAUACUACACAAUGUGUUUUAAAGCAGAGUAUCUGAGUGACCAAACAUUUUAAUGCGUCUGGUUAUGGAUGAGCCUGGCAUUGUUAUAAAUUGAAUAACUGUUUGUGUGAGACUUAUUUCUGUGUCAUACAGGUUUAAACAAAUAGAACAAAUAGCUCAUAAUUUCUGCUUUGUGUGCUUUGGCAAAAAAAGAAAUAAAAGUGUGACGUUGAGUACUGUACUUUACAAAACAAAGAAAGAUUGUACCAUAUUGUAGGGAAGGACUUACAUAAACAGUUCACAGUGUAGUGCUAGAAAUGACAACACUAAAUAAAUAAGAGGAAAAAAUAUGCAUUAGUCUUCUCAUUACAAAAUGACACUGUAAAAAGAUGGAAAAAGGAUUUUCUGAAGUCACUAAUAUAUAUGCCAAAUAAUCUGAAACAUUAAUAAAAUUAAUUUAGUUGUUUUUUCCAA